AUGAUUGGGCUCGAUCCUCGUAUAGUGUUCUGGGCUCUCUAUCGGCCUACGAGAUAUGAUAUCGUCGGUGGAUUUACGGAAAGAGCAAUUGAUAUCCUAAAUAUUAGGAGCAACAAAAUUUGUUUAUAUUGUCUCUAUUAUUCUGCCCAGCACGUAUUAGUAUACGGCUAUACCGUAUACGAUCAAUGUGUUCAGGUUUUUGGAACACCUACAAAAGGCUUUAAGUACCGCUUCGUCGUGAAAGGAUAUCUCUACUGCCUUUAUCAACGGCCCUUAAUUAGCGAUAUACUGCCGCUAAUUAUAAGCCCCUUAAUCCUUACUAUCGACGGCGGGGGAGAUUACCCUUUACAGGACGUUGUUGAUCUUACUAUUAGUAUAAGUUUAGGUAGUCUGAUAGUCCUUGGACUAUUUCUUAUACGCUGGGAUAUUUCCUGUUAUAAUUCCCGUGUAUUCGAUACAGUGCUUAAAGAUACUUUUAGUAAGAAUCGGUGUGUUUUCGGUGUUUCUUCCGAUGAUCCUAGUGGGUCUUUGUAUACGGGGUCGAAAUUUGGAGUCGUGACUAUAAGUAUCUCCAAAGAUACAGAUACGUUUGUUAUAGACCUUAGAAUCGGUACCUUUCAGGACGGUGGCCUAAAAUAUAACUUCGCGGGUGAAAUCGCUCAGCAAAUUUCCUAUCAAAUUUGGCUAUAUUCUAAAGGAUCUACGCGAAUAAUAUCACUUAGUACCGGAGCUGCGGAGCCUCAAAGCAAUCAUUCUACCCCAUAUUUCCGUUAUAUCUUUCGUGAUAGAUUUAUACGUCGUGGAUUUGAUCGAAGAAUAAAGAGCCGUAUAAACGAAGUAAACCGACCAGAUUACUAUCGCUUAAAUAUAACUCUUAGGGCGCUCCCUAGCCACAUUGAUACUGUGGAGUCAAUAGAUAAUUAUCGAGACCUUGUUUUGCUUCAAUAUAGAAGCGCUCGGAUAGCCCGGGAAGCGGCGAUCACCUUCCUAAUCUCUCGAUUUUACUUUGUUCUUAUUAGUGUCGCGGUACUAUACGGUGUAAAGGACCAGCUCGAAGCCGCUCCAAAGGCUCCACCCUUAGGGCCUCAGCUAUACCUCGGAUUGCGGGAUAGUCGAUACUAUAGCUAUCCAAUUGUAUUCCUUGUACGUUAUAUCGAUAAGCGGAAGAUAGAGUGCGAGUUAGGGCUCAAGAUAGGCGGCGCAAGCGUGAUUCGGCGGAUUCUCGGAGCGAGAGACGAAAAAGAAUUUGUAACUAGCGUAUAG